UAGUUGGUAACAGUGUUGGUUGUGACUUUUAAUUUCUCUACAUUAACGAAAAACAAUUCGCUGUUCCGCUUGAGAUUAAUUAAUUUUGGAAAGUCUCUGAAUUAUUUAAAUAACCAAUUUAUUUUGUGUACCUACUAUUAAAGAUUUUGCCGUGAGGAAAAUCCACAAUGCCUUGUUACAAAGUUAAAGUUAAAUGGGGCAAAGAAACAUUCCCUGACAUUGAGGUCAACACAGAUGAGCCACCUAUGUUGUUCAAGGCCCAACUGUUUGCACUUACUGGUGUUCAACCAGAAAGGCAGAAAGUUAUGGUCAAAGGUGUUACUCUAAAGGAUUCUGAUUGGGAUAAUUUCAAAUUGAGAGAAGGUAUUGCAGUUUUGUUAAUGGGAAGUAAGGAGGAAGAUGUGCCCAUUGAACCUGUUGAGAAGACCCUUUUUGUUGAGGACAUGAAUGAAUCUGAAUUGGCAACUGCUCUUGACUUACCUGCAGGUCUUACAAAUUUAGGUAAUACAUGUUACAUGAAUGCAACUGUCCAAUGUUUGAAAUCUGUUCCUGAACUGAGGGACGGAUUGAAGACUUAUCAAGGAGCAGUUACUACUAUUGGUGGUGUUGUACCAGCACAGUCAAUUACUGCAGCCAUGAGAGAUCUAUACUCAACAAUGGACAAGGGCAGUUCUGUGCCACCAAUAGUUUUACUACAAGUACUUCAUUUGGCAUUCCCAAGAUUUGCUGAAAAAAGUGAACAUGGUGGAUAUGUACAACAGGAUGCUAAUGAAUGCUGGACAGAAUUGGUUAGAAUGUUGCAACAGAAACUACCAGCAAAAGCAAAUGGAACUGACAAUAAGUUUAAAUCAUUGAUUGAUCAAUAUUUUGGAGGUACAUUCGACGUGGAAUUGAAAUGCGUAGAAUCAGAGGAUGAGCCAGUUUCUCAAAGUAAAGAACAAUUCUUACAAUUGAGCUGUUUCAUAUCUCAAGAUGUCAGAUAUAUGCAUUCUGGACUAAGAUCUAAAAUGCAAGAGCAAAUUACUAAAAUGGCCCAAUCACUCAACAGAGAUGCCGUAUUUACUAAAUCGUCUAAAAUAAGUAGAUUGCCUGCUUAUUUAACCGUACAAUUUGUAAGGUUUUAUUUUAAAGAAAAAGAAGCUAUUAACGCAAAAAUCCUAAAGGAUGUUAAGUUCCCGAUGGACUUUGAUGCAUUUGAAUUGUGCACUCCUGAAUUGCAAGAGAAGCUAGCGCCAAUGAGAGCAAAGUUUAAGGAGCAAGAGGAUGCUUUAGUAGAAGAGUCUGGUCAGAAACAGAAGAAGGUUAAAAGUAACGGGGAUAACCAAGUGAAGCCAAAAACUGCUCCAUAUUCUUUUGAUGAUGAUUUGGGUAGCAACAAUAGUGGUUAUUAUACACUCCAAGCUGUUUUAACUCACCGAGGUAGAUCAUCCUCGAGUGGGCAUUACGUGGGUUGGGUAAAGCAGACAAACGAUACUUGGAUCAAAUGUGAUGACGAUACUGUUUCUCCUGUCACCGUCGAAGAUAUUUUAAAGUUAUCCGGCGGAGGAGAUUGGCACUGUGCUUAUGUAUUAUUGUAUGGACCAAGGUUAUUGGAGAUUCCAGAAGAACCUAUGGUAACAGAGUAAAUUAAUUAAAAAGAUAAACAAAAAUACUAUUGAUUGCUUUACACUAUCUAUUCUCUGUAUAAUUAUUUUAAAUAAACAAUAUCAUUAUAUAA